AUGAGCAAAAUUAUCUCUUCCUUUACUCCUAUGUUCCAAAAUUAUCUCCCUUUCCUCCUAGAGCAAAAUUAUCUCUCCUUUACUCCUAUGUUAGUUCUAAAGCAAAAUUAUCUCUCCCUUUCUCCUAUGUUCCCCAAAAUUAUCUCUCCCUUUACUCCUAUGUUCCCGAGCAAAAUUAUCUCUCCCUUUACUCCUAUGUUCCCGAGCAAAAUUAUCUCUCCCUUUACUCCUAUGUUCCCGAGCAAAAUUAUCUCUCCCUUUACUCCUAUGUUCCCGAGCAAAAUUAUCUCUCCCUUUACUCCUAUGUUCCCGAGCAAAAUUAUCUCUCCCUUUACUCCUAUCAAAAUUAUCUCUCCCUUUACUCCUAUGUUCCUGAGCAAAAUUAUCUCUCCUUUACUCCUAUGUUCCCGAAAGCAAAAUUAUCUCUCCCUUUACUCCUAUGUUCCCGAGCAAAAUUAUCUCUCCCUUUACUCCUAUGUUCCCGAAAGCAAAAAUCUCCUUUUCCUAUGUUCCUCCAAAUUAUCUCAUUUUCCCUAUGUUCCCGUUAAAAUUAUCUCUCCCUUUACUCCCUAUGUUCCCAGCAAAAUUAUCUCUCCCUUUACUCCUGUUCCCGAGCAAAAUUAUCCCUUUACUCCUAUGUUGAGCAAAAUUAUCUCUCCCUUUCUCCCUAUGUUCCCGAGCAAAAUUAUCUCUUCCUAUGUUCCCGAGCAAAAUUAUCUCUUCCUUUACUCCUAUGUUCCCGAGCAAAAUUAUCUCUUCCUUUACUCCUAUGUUCCCGAGCAAAAUUAUCUCUUCCUUUACUCCUAUGUUCGAAAAUUAUCUCUUCCUUUACUCCUAUGUUCCCGAGCAAAAUUAUCUCUUCCUUUACUCCUAUGUUCCCGAGCAAAAUUAUCUCUUCCUUUACUCCUAUGUUCCCGAGCAAAAUUAUCUCUUCCUUUACUCCUAUGUUCCCCAAAAUUAUCUCUUCCUUUACUCCUAUGA